GAAUAAGAAUUUCGGAUGGAGUUUCUAAUAAUUCACAUAGGGAAUCACAUACUCCCUACACUUAAUAGUCCAAUUAGGUGUGAAAAUGAGACAACCUCAGAUUAUUCGAAGAGACCUCCAAGGGGAAAAGCAAAGGGGGAUAAAGAUUUUAAGAACAAAGGUCGGGUUGAAGUUCAGUUCAAUGUCAGAGGUCAACCUGAUGGAGAAUAUGCAGCAGGGUUCUCCUCCUUCCUUGGAGUCACAGCAAGAGAGUUCGUACCAUUGACAACUGAGUGGAAAAACCUCACUGAUCUGUACAAAAGACAAAUUUGGGAACAUAUCACGCGAAAAUAUAUUGUUCCAGAAAUUUGCAAAAGGAAUGUGUUCUGUAAAAUGAUGAAGCUGUGGCGAGAUUACAGAUCAUUGACAAUGAAAGAAGUGAUGCAGCAAGCUGAAUCGGUAGGCUUACCACGUGCUGCUACCCUCCUCAAACCUGAUAAUAUAGAUUCAAUGGAAGUGGCUGGAUUUUGUAAAAUCCAGAACGACAGAAGCAUUUAGGGAAAAGUGUGAAAGAUUCAGGUUGAUGCGACAAGGCAGAACCUUAUUGCAUAGAACAAGUAGAAAAAGUUUUGCAUGUCUUGAAGAAGAGCUGG